CGGCGCGCCAGGCGCCUCCGCUGGGAACGCGCGCGAUGGUGGAGCCUCUGCCCUUGGCGCUGGGACUGGCGGCGCUGCUGGGUCUUACAUCUGCAGUAUUGGAAGUACAUGUGGGACGGACCUCUGUGGUCUCCAUCAAAGGGCAGCAGGCCAUACUGCCAGUCUGGUAUACAUCCAUUGCUAACAACAAGCCUUAUGUCUCAUGGCUUCUUGAAAGACAUGGACCUACAAAAAAACAUUUCCAGGUACUGACAUACAUUGAUGGAAAGUCAAAAGCAGAGGAGACGUACCUCAAGCAUCGGGUGGGCUUUGCCUAUCCCAUGCCGUCAUAUAACGUCUCCAUUGCAAUUAACAAUACCCAAGAAGAAGACUCUGGGCAAUACAUGUGCACAGUCAACGUUGCAGAUGACAGCUCAGCAGACGGGAGAAACAUCGGACUCAUCAACCUUACUGUUUUGGUCCCGCCAUCCUCCCCAAAGUGUAAGAUCCAGGGAAGCCCCCAUGUUGGAGGAAAUAUUACCAUGAGCUGCAAGUCAUCAUCUGGCAAACCCAGCCCAAUGUACCACUGGAGACGCACCGGCCCCACUUUUCAGGUGUUCUUUGCACCUGUGCAAGACCUCUGGAAGGGGACUCUGACACUGACAAAUCUCACCGUGGACAUGUCCGGAACGUACCUCUGCAACGCCUCCAACUCGGCUGGCUACUCCAACUGCACCAUCACCCUGGAGGUGAAUCCAGCUUUCAAUGCGGCGGUGGUGGCUGGUGCAGUCGUGGGAGCCCUCAUUGGACUGGGCCUGAUCCUCUUGUUUGCUCUCCAGAUGUUCGUCUACAGAAGGAAGAAGAAAGAUGGGCAAGAGGAAAUGGCCAAUGAGAUCAAGGAAGAUGCUGUUGCUCCCAAGACGCUUUCCUGGGCUAAAAGUCCUGGUUCGGACAUCGUUUCCAAAAAUGGUACCUUGUCCUCGAUGAAUACCACUCAGGACCACAAACUAUAUCCCUCCAAGCCUCCUUCGGACACAGCCUCCAUCACCACUGCCACCGGCAGCACGGUAGGCUACAAGCCGCCCUACAACAACCCUGGUGGCGGAACGCUCACCCCCACCCCCAGCCUCUCCAGCCAGUCUUUGCCCCUCUACUUCCCGCCGACCGUCAAUGGGACCCACUGCCACCACGCCAACGUGCCAGUCCAUAGGAACGCUCUGCACAGGACAAACGGGGCUCAGCCCCAGGCCCCCCGCGGAGCCCACCCUCCCUCCAGGGCUCACGUCCUCCACCCUGACCCGCAUGGGGAGUGCCUGUCAUGGUGCCUGCCCAGAGCCAAGCAGGAUCCUUGGUGUAAAGACUCGACGGCUCGUGCGGCCCUCCCGCAUGGCAAGCGGCUCUACCUAUCCCUGGAAAUGCUCAGCCAGUGCCUGCUUGCCUUCCUGCCUCCAGGCUCCUGUGCUUACAUCUCCUGCACAGGAGCAAGUGUGCAAGGGAUUGCCAUAAGUGGGACUUGAAUAAGGACUCCUGAGAUAGCUUCUGGCAAGAAGCUUCCGAACCCUUUUCCGUGUUACUUUUCCAAAUGCGCUCUCCCUCUCGACACGAGUCCCAGGCCUCUUGGGGGACUCUUCAAAGCAGAGACUCUGUUGAACUGAAGGAUCUUUCGGUAUCGUUCUUUCCCUUUUUAUUGUGGUGCAGAAAAAGCUGGGCUGGGAUUGGCUAUUUCAGGAAGGAAGUGCUGGGAGGUGGGUCAAGCUGCCUUUUCCCUGAACUAGGCCAAGGGAUGGAAGUGCUCCAGAUGUUCAUAGGGAGGGGACAAAGGGCAGCACUUGAGUACAUUCUGCAAAUUAAGGAAGCAAGUUUCUAGUCCUUUUGACUUUAAAGUAUAUUAUCAGUAUUUGAUAAACUCCAGUUGAUAUGGAGAUCAGAGGGAUUUUGUCAGUAGGGGCAGGAGAUGGGGCUUUAAUGUCAGCUUUACUGCCUCUCCCCCUGACUAGCAGAGUCAAUUAUACAAAUGGGGGAAAUAAAUUUCCUUCCUUUUUGCAUGAUGCCUGCAGAUCUUCAUCAGUUUAGAUUCCCUUAGCACAAAAUAAACACAGCCAUGGACAAGAUAGAUUUUUGCAGUUCAUCUUCUGUUAUGAAAUGUGAUCUAUUUGGAACGGGUGGGGAGGAAGCUGUGUCUUUGCGACUCUAGGUGCUGUUUACUUGCUGUUAGCCUUGUUAGUGAUGUAUCUGUGUAGUUUGAUGCUGAAUGCUUUGUGUAUGGGCAGGGACAUCGGAUAGGAAUGAAGAAAUCCUGCAAAACCAAAUAUGGGUGAAUGUCUUGAAUUUCACUAAGGGAGGUUGCAAGGCGAACUUUGAUAGAGACAAUUGGCUUUUGCUGUAAAAACGCGAUUUUCAGAGAGCCAAAAUAUUUUCCUUCCAUUUUUGAACUCCAAAUCUGGAUUCCACAUAUGAAUGUUUUGGGUUAUGUAAAGCUGAUUGGUAUUUGCUAGGAAAGCCCGUCUUCACUGGAUCACAAACCUUUCAGUAUUUCAGUAGGGCCCAUUUGGAAAGCAGCUGGUUGUGUGGCCUGAUUGUGUGGCUUAGUGUUCAUAUUGUUACAAUACAGGCCUUAUUACGAUGCUGAAAGUUUGGGGUACCCCAUUCUUUCUGCCAUGCAUGGAAGACCACACAUAACUGGGUGGUUUAGGUAUGCUACCCAAGGGUUGCUAGGCAGCAGGUAAAGGUUACUGUCUUUGUUCAUGCUCCAUCUCCGUCGAUCAAGCUGCAACUCUUCAAGACCAAAUUUGAUUCCUCAACACUUCCCCUUUGGUCCAGCUGCUUCACAGUACAGAAGGAGUGUUCAGCGUCAACAUGAUUUUGUUCUCAUGGACCAUCGGAUGAUGUGUGUCUUGUUCUGUUUGCUCCAAUCUCCAAUUCACCUAUUGAAUGGGUUCCAUCUAGGGCAGAUGUUAACCUGGGACGGAUGUUAAACAUGCCCAAAGAAUGUGUGUCAAUGAAUUUCAUGACUGAGCAGAAAUUUGGACCUAAUUUUUUUCCAGUUCCCUUACUUGUUACCCAGGAAGCCGACCUGGAUUUGUUUGCAAUUGCUUUUAAGCGAGCAUCAUCAUCUUGACUUGCUCUGAGUAACAUCUGAAUAUACUGGCCCCUACAUUAAAUCCCUUUUGGCCUCUGUGCCUGCCUCAGCCCCCCAAAUUCUCAAAAUGAAUAUCAUGCUACAACUUGGGUUGAGUGCUUACACACUGCCUUUCCAGGUUGUGCCUGGAAAGGCACAACCUUUUUUUGUUGUGUGUCUUCUGCCCCCCCGGUGAUGGCCACUGGAACUGCAUCCAAAGUCCUGCGCAGACUUUUUCUUUGGGGAUUUGCAGUAUACUUACAUCUUUCAUAAUGAGAUGGCGCUCAGCUUGUGCAGGCAUCCUCUAUGUAACAUUAUCGAGAAACCUUUUGUCAAAAUAUCCUAACAGAUUCUUAAGGACGCCUUCAGCAAUUUAAUACAUAUUGUGCAAUUAUAACAUUUGUCUAUUUGAUGGACACCUUCAAUUUUCUUCUUCUUUUUAUAUGCAUAUAUAUAUAUGGUAUCUAAUUUAUACUUAAAGGUAUUAACAAAUCUGUGAAGCUGGACUAGAGUCCACUAACCAUUUUAAUGCUGGCUAAUUUUUUUAAUGGCAACAAGACCUUUCUGUUGCGUGAGGAGGUAGGAAGACACUGAAAUAUUUUUAUGUACAGUUUCCAAAUGUAUUUUUCAUAAACUAUCAUUAAAAGUAUUUGUUUUUAUAUGAAACG